AUGGCAGAUAUUGAUGAUGGUACAUCCGCACCAGCGGAGCCCCUUGAUUUGGUGCGACUUUGUCUCGACGAGGUUGUUUAUGUUAAAUUGAGAGGAGAUAGAGAAUUAAAAGGAAGGCUUCAUGUGGGAUAUACCCUUGCAAAAGCUUCCAGAGGUCAUACUAAUUAUUGGUAGGCUUAUGAUAGUCAUUGCAACUUGGUAUUGGGUGAUGUGGUAGAGACCAUAUAUGUUGUGGAGGAGGGUGAAGAAGAUGAUGAAGAGGAAAUCAUAAAGGUUGGUCUAUGUUCUUCUUAACAGAUGCUUCUGGCUAACUCUUGCUCCCCAGACCGUCGUUAAGAAAUCCGAAAUGUUGUUUGUUAGAGGUAAGUUCUCUUAAGCUUGGAGUUGGGUCAUUAUCCUAUAUCUAAUAUUCUUUGAAUUAGGCGACAGUGUUAUACUUAUUUCACCUAGAUCCUCAUGAUAUCACAUAUCGACAUGCCACAAUACGAUGGAAAGUAGACAUCUACUGGAGAGGAAAAUGCCACAUCAGAAGAACCCAUGAAGGAUGGAAUAAUGAGAACUACGGCGGGCAUAAAAGGGACAAAAUUUCAUAGCGGGCUGGCGACAAUUACUAAAAUUCGAUAUCUCCAUAGGCCAUGAAGGAUAAAUAGGCGCGAGAAGGAAACACGAAUAAUAUAUGCAAAUACUUCAGUCAAGAUAC